AUGAAUCGACCGCGCCAUGCCGGAAACCCCAACAAACCGAGCGGCGAGAAGGCCCAGCUCGUCCUAGCCUACCAAGAACUCGGCAACGAGCUCCACUCAACCCAACUCAAGGUCAUCGGCAACUACACUCUCGGCAGGGUCAUCGGAGAAGGAAGCUUCGGUACCGUCAGGCUGGGUAUCCAUCGCCUCACCGGCUCCCGAGUCGCCAUCAAACACAUCCCCAAGUCCUCCUCCCCCCCGCUCCUCACCCGCGAAAUCCACCACCACCGUCGCCUCCAUCAUCCCAACGUCGUCCAGCUCUACGAGGUCAUCGCCACCGAACACUCCAUCUGGCUCAUCACCGAGCUCUGCUCCGGCGGCGAGCUCUUCGACUAUCUCGUCGAAAAAACCCGCUUCUCCGAGUUCGAGGCCCGCCGUCUCUUCGGCCAGAUCUGUCUCGGGCUCGGCUAUGUCCACGGCAAGGGCGUCGUCCAUCGUGACCUCAAGCUCGAAAACGUCCUCCUAGACGAACGCUGCAACCCCAAACUCGCCGACUUCGGAUUCGGUCGCGAAUUCGAACCGCGCAAGCUGCUCGACACCUUCUGCGGCACAACCGGCUAUGCGGCUCCCGAGAUGCUUGCCGGUAAGAAAUAUCUUGGCGAAGAGGUCGACAUCUGGUCUCUCGGUAUCAUCCUCCAUGCGCUCCUCACCGGCAGUCUCCCCUUCGAUGAUGAUGACGAAGAGCAGAUGAAAGCAAUGAUCAUGGUCGGCAAUUUUGAAAUCCCAAACUUCCUCAGCAACGAGGCUGUUAACCUGAUUCAAUCGAUCUUACAACUGGAUCCCAAAGCCCGGCCAUCGAUCGAAAAGAUUCUUUCACAUCCCUGGUUUACCACUCCUCCUUUGCAGCAUUCGUUUGGUGAACCCGAGCCGCUUUCCAGGCCGUCGCCCAUCAUCGAGGAAGCUCAGCAGUUGCCCAAAUCCCCGUCUACUUCGAUGGGAACAUUUCCUUCUUCGGCUGAUCAACCCCAUCGGACCCCUUCCAGAGGCUCUCCGCCCAUUUCAUCCAACCAUCCCAACCAAUCCUGCCAUUCGAUCCUCGACUCGGAUGCAUCUGGCCACAGCAGCAAAGAAAGCGAUUUGAGCGUCUCCUCAGCCCGGAGUAGUACAAGUUCGCCCGUCACAUCUGAGGAUCUGCCAGCCCAGAUGCCUGCAAUUCCUGACUUGGGUCUCUCAUCUUCCCACCGCCCAGCAGGUCAUCCAUCAAAGUCCACUCCCGCCUCAAAUCAUAAGCCCUCGCCACUCCUUCAUCACUCUAACAGCUCUCACUCAACCAUCAGGAAUUCACAGCAUUCAAUUCCACACAACAAUCAUCUUCAGCACCUGCCCACACACGCCGAGGACGAAAAUGAUACAGCACUGAGUCUUUCGAAUUUCUCACCGAGCUCUGACCAGGACCCUGGCGCCUCACCUCAGUCAUCAAAUGUUUCUCCUUCGAAUCUUAUGACCGGUUCAUCAAAACCCCGACCCCUGUCCAUUCUGUCCUGCGUGCCCUCCUCAUUGUCCCACCCCCAAAUUCGCACACCCUCUCGGACAAAGCGGCGAUCGAUUGGCAGCACCCUAUCGGAGCGGAUAGGCCCCUUUGAGGAUGGCGCUUCAUCCGAUUUCGCUACGCCUACCACCAAUCAAGCCCGACUUUCCACCUCAUCCCUCUUAACCGUUGUGAUUGACUACGUCGGCGCACUGAAAGCUACUACUCAAGCACCUCUGUUAAGCCCAGAGGAUCUGACGUUUAUGAAAUCCUUGAGCGAUCUGGGCUUUGACACCGGUCAAAUUGUUCAUUCGGUUCAAUCUUUUGCCUGCGAUUCGUCGGGUGCAUUAUGGUGGCUGAUGAAAAGGAAGAAGGAGAAGCAAAGUAUCAAUCGGGAGGAUACAGAGCGAGAUUCUAAUUGUGCUGCGACCAAAGAUCCAUUCAACACACAUGGCCCCGUAGAGAUUCAAUCCCCGGACUCAGCGCUCACAGAUGAUCGCUCGGCCAAUUCAGUCGUAGUAACAGCCCCUAUUCCGUCUUUCUCUCACGCUAGCGUUCCGAUCAUCGCCCCACCCGAAGAUCUUUCUCCGACCCUCGCAAAAUCUAUCCCAGCGCCUCCCAAUCAUUCCAAGAAGCCGGUUACCCCUACUAAAACAAAUUUACCGAUCACGAGCUCCCCACGGGUGGAACCCGUGCUCAAUUUAGCUAAGGUUGAAAAGGAAGCGGGCAUGGAAAACCCUAUCAUCGGUGCACAUCGGUCGUACCUCAAUCUGAAGGCGAACUUCGGCUCUUCUUCUAAGAACAAUCCACUGACUGCUACUCCGUCCAAUCUAAAUGAUGAUGCCUGCUCUAGCACCUCCUCAGCAAAAUUCGACACGCUCUCCAGUUCUGACAAAGAAACUCCAUUUAUCACUGUCGACUUGGCAGCACCGGCCAAGAAAUCGACUGCAGAUCUGAGAAAACGAAGUCAGUCAGUCAGCAUGCUCCAACGUGCAACUCAUGCAUUGGGCACUAAAAAAUCAGCCGACGAUAGACAUAAGAGUCGCAGUCGAGAGGGGAGCUCGACGAAUGAUGGAGACGAAAAGCAUGGACACGAGAAGAUCUCGAAGAAGGAUCUCAAAGCUCGCGAGAAGGAGAGCAGGAUGGACGAACAUUCAAAGCCAUCCGGCAGCUUACCACUGUCUGGUUUAUUUUCUCGCAAGACCCUUCUCAUUCCCUCCCUUCCCCCCCUUCCCGCCAGCCUGAUGCUUCACCAGGCCUCGGGGGGAUCGGAGAAAUCCGCCGACAAAAGCAAGCCCAAAGAACUAGACGUCCCGCUCGAAAGCUGUCCUUCAGUGUCCAGCCGGCCUUCAAGUCCAUUACGAACAAUCGAGUCGCCCCUGAAGCCAAAAGAUGAUGGUGAUCCUGCUUUAAAUGCUCUGGCUGCCAAUGAACAAUCCAUCAGCACUACGCCCUCACUAUCCGGCUCAUCUUCAUCAUUCAAUGCGGUGUCCCAAAACCUCCUUGUGGACCAUCCAGAUUCCUUCUCUACUCCCAAGCCCAAUUCACCCUCUCGAAAAUCACAUCCCACGGCACCAAACUCCAGAGCUGAUGAGCGUAAAAGCGUGAAAGAAACCAGUCCUGCCACCAGCUCAUUGGCCGACCCCAGCAGUAGCCAUGUGCCUAGCCCCUCCGAAAGCGAAACCGUCAAAGCUGCUCGCUCCAAAGGACCCAAAGGCAAUUUGUUCUCCAACUUCAGAUUUUGGUUUAAUGAAGAUCGCCGCAAGCGGAAACAGAACAUGGCCAUCCUCGCAAACUACGGCCACGCGGUCAAAUCACCUACCCGGAUGGGCAGCCAAACCACCAGUCCCAAUGGAGGCGUUGGAGGUUCGGUGGCCUCAUCAAGUCAUGUAUCCGAUUUCCCAAGUCGAAAGGUGGCCGGAGACUUGCAGGCUCUCAGAUCUGUCAGUGGCUCUGUUGUGGUUCAUCGCCGGCCCAGCAAGGGGUCGCGUCGGUCCUCCAUGCAAUCAACUCGCCAGCUAUCACUCGAGCUUCAUAACGCUUCCAAAGCCACAUCCAAACGCCGCAGUGGCUCUAGUCGGGCGUCAUUCGGAUCGGUGACAGAUGCUCGGACGCCAGGUAGCGAGCCUGGCUCCCACGCGUCGCUCUCCCAACAUACGAUCAACCAUAGCCGAGGCUCAAUGGAAGGCCCGAAUCGGAGUAGACGCGCUGAAGCUCAUGGCCGCCAUGGUUCGAUCAGUUCCGCGGGCUCACGCCGGUCGGCCGCCGCUCUGCAGCUCCUGACUCCUCACUCAGUUUCAGCCAUGCAUCCAGCGUACUCUCGCCGGACUCCAUCUGCGGGGACGACUGUCAGACGAGUGACCGCGCCGGCCAGCACCGCUGCCGGCUCCACUCGUCACCGCCAGCACAAGGCCUCAUCGUUGACAUCGUCUGUCCGGACCUCGUUGUCUUCGGAUGACGGAGCUCAGCUGAUCAAUCGGGGCUCAUCCGGCGGUGCAGACGAGCAUCGCUUACACUCCCCUAACAACGUGUAUGACGUCGAGGAGACCAUCGAAGAGGAAGACGAUGGUGGGGAGGAAAACCCAGGCAAGGAGGUUGCGAACGCUGCGGAUUUCGAGUCGGGAUUGAAGACCGAUGCCGCCAGACAGAGUGCAUUCCAGAAGCUCUCAGGUGAUGUGAGUGACAAACAUGCAGCGCGACACGGUCCUCCGGAGGGAGGAGCUCCGGCGCCACAUCAAAGCGGCAGCGGCGGCGGGGGAUCGCGGACGAUCUUCAUGGCGCACAAGCCCCACUCGGUGUUCGGGACGCCGACGCAGGCCUUCUUCGCGCGCGCGAACCAGUCGCCGGUGUCGACGAAGUUCAACCCGGUCUACGGGACGGGCAACAGCUCGGUGCUAGCCUACGUGAACCUGAUGAACUCGAUCGCCGACGGCCCCACCUCCUCGUCCUCCUCCUCCCGUAGGAACGCGGGCCCGCCCAAGCUGCGUGACGUGUUUGCGAGCAAAGCCAAGGACCAGGACGGCGAGUGGGUCGACCUGGACGACGAGGACGACGCCGGGGCGCGCUACGAGGGCGGGAUCGGCCAGGGCGUCAAGGCGCGCAACGGCCCCGCUUCCGCCCCUGCGACUGCUGGCCCUCUCGUCCGGCCUGGCCCGGGCUUGGACGGCAAGCCUGGCCCCUGCUUCGGCGCCUCGACGCCGAACAGCGCCGCCAUCCACCAGCCGGCCCCCUCCUCCUCGUCGUCGACGGGACCGACAGCCGGGACCGCGUUGCUGGCGGCCCCUAAGGGCGGCUCGCCCGCCCCCGCCGGACUCAUCGGCAAUUGGAGAGGCGGCAAUCCCAGGGUGACUCCUACUUUCAAGGCCAUCGCAAUCGAGGAGGAGGAGGAGGAAGAGGAAGACGAGUGA